AUGCAGUUCGCAUUACCUCCGCGGAAAAGCCCACAUGUGCUACCGGGCCACCACUCCACUCGACUUCCAUUGUAUCGAAGGAAGCAGCUCAAGACGAUAGCAGUCACUGCGCUCUCCAUCCUUGUGCUUCUAUAUCUACUCUCCCAUGUCUUUUCUUUGAGCUCGCAUUCGCUCUCAGCGUCGGCAGGGACGGCGGGAGUGGUGAUUGUAACGCUGCUAGACCAGCAAAGCUUCAGCGAAAGCUAUAUUAAGAAAAUCAUCGCGAACAGGGAGGACUAUGCGAAGCGCCAUGGCUAUACAAACUUCUUCGCAAGCGUUUCCGACUACGACGAAACCGUAGGCGAUGCUCCUCGAAGCUGGGCCCUCGUGCCGGCAAUGCGUCAUGCGCUCGCUACAUAUCCCAAAUCAAAAUACUUCCUCCACCUGAGCCCGCACGCACUGAUCAUGAAUCCGACCACCUCUCUCCAGUCGCAUCUGCUGGACCGAACACGUCUCGAAUCGCUCACGAUGAAAGAUGCACCUAUCGUGCCACCGGAUAGCAUCAUCAAGACAUUCCCGCAUUUGAAAGAGAAUAAUAUCGAUCUGAUCAUCACCCAGGAUAGCCAAGACCUGAGGCCGACAAGCUUCGUUCUUAAGAAUGGGGAUUUUGCGCGUUUCUUUUUGGACCUUUGGUUCGAUCCGUUGUUUCGGAGCUAUAAAUUUGUGAAAGCUGAGACACACGCCUUGGAUCACAUCCUGCAAUGGCAUCCGACGGUGCUUGCGAGAACGGCGCUAGUUCCUCAACGGAUAUUGAAUGCUUAUAGUAAGAAUUCAGCGGGUGCGUCACCGGAUGGGACUUAUCAGGAUGGCGAUUUGAUCUUGAGCUUUCCUGAAUGCGACAAGGCGGGGAGUCGAGAUUGUCAGGAAUUCCAACUCUACUACGAACUGUGGUUGAAGAGCGUCAAGGGCUCUUGA